GUGCACCGAGCUUUUUCACGAGUCGCUGCUUCGCAUCGACUAAGCUUGCAUCGACCAUGUUCGCACCAACCCGGUCUGCGACCGUGCCCCUCGGUCGACGCUACUUAAAUCGCCUGUACCCCAAAGACCGAAUCCCAAAAAUACCGCCCGUUCCCCAAGGCACCGUCGUCGCCGACGUGCCUCGUCUGGGCACCCUUCUUCAUAACCCUCCUGCUGCUGUCCCAGACGUUCGCAUAACCCCCGCUCUGUUCCGUGUGGGGCACCACAAACGACCCACAAACCCCCAUCACGUCGCUCGUAUGCCCCCACCAAUGCAGGCAGAGCGUGCUCUGCCUGCAGGGACGCGUGUGUCGCUCAAGCAGCUGUCGAAAGAAGAAAUCGAGGAAUUGCGGCGGCUGCGGAGGGAGGACCCAGCGAGGUGGACCACCGGCGUUUUGGCUGCUCGGUUUCGGGUGACGCGUCUGCUGGUUUCUCGAGCAGCUUCGACAAAGCGGAGCUGACCAAGCUGCGUCUGCAGCAGCCGACGCAGCUAGAGAAUAUUCCCUGCGAAUUUGCUCCCUGAUGCGCUAAAUCGCGUUGUGUUGCG